GUUGAGCGUGAAGGUUUGCAUAGUCGAGCGAUCGUCGAUCUCAAAGAGCAUCGUCGGAGCGGCGGGCGCUGCGGCAUUUCUUCUAUGUCACUCGUAGAUUCGAUCUCGUAUUGUGAGACCAGGGAUAGUGCGGGGGCAGAAACUUCCGUUCAAAAGAACGAUCUUGCCGUCGGUGUUUCGUUUACACUUGCUGUCCCGAAUGUCGAUCUCCGCAAACUCGCAGGUGCCUACCCUGCAGCCACGAUUGCCACAGUAGUGGCACGUCUGUUCAGCUCCGCUGUUCUCAUGGAUGUGGACGGCAGCUUGUUGUCUCGGCUUUCGAUGAUCAUCGAGAUGUCUUCGGUCUUGAUCAUCCCGGGGGACACCGUUGUCGAAGUGUUCGACGUCGAAGCGGUAGCUUGGUUAGCCGCUGUCAAUGAAAGUAGCCACCGUGUGAAUCUCUGCCAUGGUGUAUGGGUCGUCGGCGUAGUGAUCGGGGUGCUUGAGAUGCAGUCGGGUCUCGAGCCGUGUGAGCAAUGCUGGCUGGAAUCCUCGAAGAAAUGCGCAACUUUGUUCGAUAGUGGAGAGUCGGUGCUGUGCGAUGAGAUGUUUCGUAAUGGCCAUGAAGUCGCGGUAGUAGCAGCCUAG